AUGCGAGAGUGCUCCAAACCGCCCGUCAGAGGGAAGACGUCUCCAUAUGGAUUCUUCGUCAAAAUGUGUUAUGAGGAGCACAAAAAGAAGUUCCCUAAUGAGAACGUGCAAGUGCCUGAGAUUUCGAAGAAAUGCUCUGAUAAAUGGAAGACGAUGAAUGACGAUGAGAAGCGGAGAUUCUACGAAUUAGCCCAAAAAGAUCAGGAGCGUUAUCAGGCCGAGGUAGCGGCAUACGGUGGGGAGGACCACACCCGAAAGAGAAAGAGACCGAAGAAGGACCCAAAUGCCCCGAAACGGGCCCUUUCUGCAUUCUUUUUCUUUUCACAGGAGAGAAGACCAGAAGUGCAAGCAAAGCAUGUCGAAUGGAAGGUGAUGCAAGUGGCACAAGAGCUGGGAAGAAUGUGGAAGGAUAUGACGCUGGAAGAUCGGGAUAUUUACGAACAGCGAGCAGCGGCUGAUAAAGAACGAUAUGCUGUGGAGAUGCAAGAGUACAAGGCUGGCCUCGGCGCAGCACAAGCAGAACAAAUGGCCCAAGCCGCCCAAUCCCAGGAUGCCCAAUUGUAUUAU